CAUUGUUUUUCCAGAAUGAAUCUACAAAUAAAAUUCCUGGAGGGUUCUACAUAUCAGGUAGAGGUGAGCCCGAGCAACACGAUUGGAGAAUUAAAGAAAGUCAUUCAUCAGAAGAGUGGCAUUGCACCUGCGCGGAUGAAGCUUACAGCUGUGGGAAACGGGAUCAACCUCAGUAAGGAUUCCAACACCCUCGCUGCCAUCGGGUUGAAAUCUGGAUCCUGCGUCAUGGUUCUGGUAACGGACCCUCCGCCAAUGCAAGUGUUUCUGAAGAAUCUUAAAGGCCUGACGUCCACUUAUGACGUGAUGCCAGGUGAAACAGUCAAAUCUUUCCAGAACAAGGUCUACCAAAAAGAGAGUGUUCCAGUGGACAAGCAGAGACUUAUUUACAAUGGAAUGAAUCUUGACGAUGGACGAAAACUGGAGGAUUAUAACAUUGGGUCUGAAAGCACUAUCUACCUUACUCUCCGUCUCAGAGGGGGCUGAUUUGGAAAACGAAUCAUCUUAUCAUUCUGUAGCACACACACACACACACAUUCCAAUCUGAACACCUUAUCUUUGCACUUUUCUGGACAAUUUGCAUUUGCAUUCCCUUCUUAAGUUAU